AUGUCUCCGGUCGUAAGUGAAAUCCUUCUCUCCGGUCUGACGAUCAACUCCACCCUCCGCCGCCGCACCCACCUCGUUCAAUCCUUCUCCGUUUGCUUCCUCUACUGGUUCUACGUUUUCUCAUGA